CUUUGCGCUUGGUUGGCGCUUUGAAGUCAAAGGGUGUCUUUGCAAUUGACUUUCCUGAGGGGCUUCCUAAAAAGUAUAAACGGGCAGAAAUUAACAAUACGGAAGUUAUGAGGGACUUAUCAGCAAACGUGGCUUCUAUAUAUUGCAAAGCACGAGUGCAAAGGUCUCUGCUAGUUGCGUCGCUGUUUUGAACUUCUUUAGAGGGAGAGUGCUGAGUGAUUGCGAGUAUGGCUUUCGCUUGUGUUGUUGCUGUAGCAUGAAAUCCCCAGUUCAAUCCUUCCUGAUUGAAAAAAAAAAAAGAAGCCAACUUUACACAGACCCAGCAAAAGAAGAAGACAAAAGAUCGUCUUUUUCCUGCUGUUUCUUCACUGAAUUCUGAGCUUUCUCAUUAACCCAACAAGUCCUUUUUGAGUUUCAUUUCAAUGUCAUCCUCAUAUGAUCUCUAUGCCUGUGAUGAAGAGUUGCAGUUCCUGUCUGACCCAUUCUUCCCUUUCACUGACACUGACUCACACAUUGACAUCCUCCAGUCCAUCUCAGACACCCAAAACCCACUUGAUGAGUCUCCUGAUGACCAUUCUCUUCACCAACUCUCCAGCUCUUUCCUCUCAUCUUCACCUCCAUGUUACCAGCUCGGAAGCUUGAGCCUUUAUCAGGCAAACCAGCUUCAAACGGUGCCAAAUGGUUCGAAUAUGUCCAAUGGUGCUCAGAUUCUUGGCGGUUAUGAGGUCAAGAGUGAGGAACCCCAAUUGUGUAAUGAGGCUUACCCAUAUCUUGCUCGUAGUUAUAGUGGGCCCGGGAAUGUGGCCAAGUACUUGCAGAGGAACUAUAGCAGCAACUCUGUGGAUGGGAGUUCUGUCCUGUUUCAUCGGCCUUUGUUCGAUGCUGCCGUGGAGUCUCCGGAUUUCCAGUCCCACCAGGCCUUGAGCUCGCCUGAGCAUUGCCUGUUGGGUGGUCAAAUCAGGAGGGCGUGCAGCACAGGAGACUUGCAGCAGAGCACUGGAACACCCCAAUCCACACCACGAUCCUUCUCGAGCCCUCUGGCCACAGAGAGCUCCUUCACUGAGGAAGCAAAUGCCAAAGUUGGACGUUACAGUGCAGAAGAAAGGAAGGAGAGGAUCCUCAAGUACAGAGCCAAACGCACCCAGAGAAACUUCAACAAGACGAUCAAGUACGCAUGCCGCAAGACGCUAGCCGACAACAGACCGCGCAUACGUGGCAGAUUCGCACGUAACGACGAAACCGGCUAUGUUCACAAGGUUGCGUCCUCUGCUAGAGAUGACGACGACGAGGAGUUCUGGAUGGCUUUGCAUGAGGAGGAACAACAAGGAGGAAGAGGAGGUCCCUUUUUCACUACGUACAGUCAACCACAAUUCCAAUACUACGGGUACUAAUAAAAAGAUCGAAGGUCCACGAUGGACCGACCAUUGAAUUACGCGGGCUUUACGUAUCUAAAUUCAGUCGGGACUCCAAGCAUACCCGAACAAAGACUACGUAAAUCGUGAAAUUGGGAAUCGAUGCUCCGGCAUGGAGUCCGGAAGCAUGAGAAGGUCCCUUCGAUCGAAAGGAGACCUGUGGGUGCUUUUUAAGAAUAAAGAGACAGCAAGUGUCUUUGGUGAUUAGAGGUAAAAUUUGCAGUUGGUAGGUAUUGACAAAGAGUAGCAGUUGUUAUAUUCCGGACUUUUCUUGUUACCCUUUAAUUUUUUGUCUUCUCCUUUAAUUUGUGUCGGAUUUUUGGUUAUUUGAUCCUUGGUUGUAUAUAUAGUGGCAUGAAUAAUAAAUGACUUGAUGGAUUAGCAUCUGAUCUCUGUUACGGACAUGCUGACUUUUGACCAC